AGGACUCCCUAGCCCUACACUUCCUGGACUACUACCAGCUUCCAGGAUUCCUUUUAACAGCUGCACUACUGCUGACAGAGAAAACCAAAAGGGGGGGUUAAACUCUGGACUGUCCUGAAGUGUGCCAGGAUGAUCUUCUCAUGAAACAUUGAGCCUCAUGAGGGAAAAAGGGAUCCACUUCAAAUCCUCACUUCUCACAUUUUCCCUCCACCCCUCCCUACAAACAAGAUUCAAUUGUCAGUAAUUAUUCUAUUAAGAAUUUGUACAAUCUUGUAUAAAAAAUGGCCUCCCCAAAAGACAUCCUGAGAAAAAGUUUGAAGAUGGUCCAUGGCUGUCCUAUGAUCUAUGCUUUUGCAAACAACUGGGAAGAGGUUGAACAGUUCCGAAGCAGGCCUGAUGACAUUGUGAUAGUCACUUACCCCCAAACAGGAACCACUUGGGUAAGUGAAAUUGUGGACAUGGUUUUAAAUGAUGGAGAUGUCGAAAAAUCUAAGCGAGAUUUUAUAACUGCUAAAGUUCCAAUGUUGGAAAUGGCUGUUCCUGGAUUGAGAACUUCAGGUAUAGAACAAUUGGAGAAAAAUCCAUCUCCUCGUCUUGUGAAGACACAUCUACCAAUUGAUCUUCUUCCUAAGUCUUUCUGGGAGAACAACUGCAAGAUGAUUUAUAUGGCUCGAAAUGCCAAGGAUGUUGCAGUUUCAUAUUACCAUUUUGACUUAAUGAAUAAUUUGCACCCUCCACCCGUUACCUGGGAAAAGUAUCUGGAGAAUUUCAUGGCUGGAAAUGUGGCCUAUGGCUCCUGGUUUAAUCAUGUUAAGAGCUGGUGGAAGAAAACAGAAGAACACCCAAUACUUUUCUUACACUAUGAAGAUAUGAAAGAGAAUCCAAAGCAAGAAAUCAAGAAGAUUGCUACAUUUCUAGAGAAAAACUUAAAUGAUGAGAUCCUGGAUAAGAUCGUCCAUCACACCUCAUUUGGAAUGAUGAAGGAUAACCCUCUGGUGAAUUAUACACAUAUCCCAAAUACAGUGAUGGAUCACAGCAAAUCUCCUUUUAUGCGCAAAGGCAUUGCAGGUGACUGGAAGAAUCACUUCACAGUGGCCCAAAAUGAGAAAUUCGAUGCCAUCUAUGGGAAGGAAAUGUCUGGAAGUACAAUGAAGUUCCGCAUGGACUUCUAAAGAACCUCAACUGCGAUUCUGAAAGAACCAGCCUAUAAUUGUUGACACAGGGCAGUUAUGACCUGACAUGGGCAAUCAAAUGGGUUUUUAAAGAAGCAAACAUACUUUUAAAACUUUGAUCUUUCAGUGUCAUUGAUCAGUUCCCAGUUUUGCUCCUGACUCUGAAUUUCCACAUUCUGCAAAGUUAAGGCCAAUCAUUACCUUUUUGUAAACUGUCUGUGCCUUUUUGUAGACUAGUAUUUCUGAGAAAGUAUUUACCCUACCCAAUUUCCAUAUACUUUGGCUGAAAAUUAAGGUUUUUUCUCCCUGUUACCAUGGCCCAAGAAAUUUACACAAUGACACUGUAUUUCCUAGAUCUGCCCCAAUUUCUCUUUGCUCCAUAUUUGAUUCUGGACACUCUGUUCCACUGCUGUCUCUGGGUUUCAAGUUGUUCCCUGAGUUAUAAUUCAUGUUCUUGCAAACUCUCUAUUGUGAUAACAUGGUUCAUGUCUCAAGUCAUGUGGUUCAGACUUUGGAACUGUUUUUAUCCCUAGUCUGAAUAUCCAAAUUUCUAAUUUCUGAAUUUCCAAAGGUGAAAGGCCUACAUGAGUCUCCUUUGUACUCCUCUUCUCUGGCAACAGGAGCUCUACCCUGAGAGCCUGACUGAGGACUAGAACCUGUUUCCUGGGGACAGUACCUCCCACAUCCAACCAGGGUGUUAUGAACUGCUGAGAAUUGCCUAGUGUUGUGCACUGGUCUCCACUUGGGGAUGUCAGUUUAUUUCUUCUUGGUUCCAGUUCCCUGGGCCCUUACUUGUUCCGGAGAUGAGUUCUGACACAUGACCAACACCCUGAGUCACAACUGAGAUGGCUACAAUAACUUGGGUUACAUUUUUGUUCCUGAGGUGAACCUAUGCUGUAGGCCUCUGCAUGUGGAAUAGCUCCUCAAAGCUUGUAACUCGUCUUUCCCAGUGCCAGUGGAGGACUGAUCCAAUGCCAAGUGCAAACUUCCUAAGAGUGAUAUGUCUGUGAUUCUGGAGAUGGUUGAGCCUUAUUAUCUAUCAUUUGCAUUAUAAAUUACUUCAGGGGAUGAAAUUUGUGUUUAUGUUUCUUAGACACAUGUUUAGUAGUAGUUAACCUUGAAUAGCUCAGGGUAUUGUGAAUCAGUUCUAACUUUCUAGAACACUCUUGCGAACAAGGAGGUAAAGCCAAUCAUGUAUCCACUUGAUUCAUUAUCUUUCUUAAUAAUAAAUUAAUGUGGUGCAAA